AUGGCCCACAACGACACCAAUAACAACAACGACACGACUGAGGAAUUUGAACAGAUCAUGGACAGGGUCGACCGCCAACAAGCGGUGGUUAGCCAACAGGCACGUAGGCUGCAAGAAGAGCUGAAUGAAUUCCGAGCAGACGCAGAACACAAAAUGAAGCAACUCAUAGCAAAACAGCACGCAUGGGAGGACGAAUUCUUGGCAUUUCUUGACUUGCUUGAUGAAUUGAAGAGAUUCACAGAUCAACACGAGCAGCAGCAGCAGGCCUAG